AUGUACCUGAGGGCAGUAGCAGUGGUACAUGCGGUGUUGCUGUGGUUUUCUCCAGAUGUUGUGAGUCAGAAUGGCUGGAGUGUAACUUACACCAGUCAGAGUAUCUGUGCCUUAAAGGACUCAUCAGUGGACAUAUCCUGCUCUUACACACAUCCCAGAGGACAUAGAGUCACUCAGACUUACUGGCACAAAGAACUCGAUAUUGUGGAUCUGAAGCAGAGACAGGAAUAUAACGGUCGUGUGGAAUACAUUGAUAGUGAUAAGAGUGGUCACACCCUGAGAAUAAAGCAUCUGAGAGAAAGUGACUCAGCCAAAUAUAAGUUCAGGUUUAUCACAGAUGAAGGACAAUGGAAAUAUUCUGGCAAUCCAGUCACCCUUAGUGUCACAGACCUGCAGGUGACAGUGACUCCUGACACAGUGAGAGAGGGACAGAGAGUAACACUGACCUGUUACACCACCUGCACUCUGAGUAACAACCCUACAUACAUCUGGUACAAGAACAAUCAGCCUGUAACUAAUAAACACACCAACAUCCUGUAUCUUGACUCAGUCAGCAGUGAGGACACAGACAGCUACUCCUGUGCUGUAAAAGGUUAUGAAAAUCUCUGCUCUUCUUCCAUAUGUCUCUAUAAUAAAGACUGUUGGAGUGUAAAUUAUUCAGAGAGAAGAAUCUGUGCUCUGAAAGGUUCAUCAGUGGACAUACCCUGUACUUACACACAUCCCACUGGAUAUACAGUCACUAAAACAUUCUGGUUUAAUAAAUGGGCAAAAAAGGUGGAACCUGAGGAUCUGAGUCACAGUACAGAUUAUCAGGGCCGAGUGGAAUAUUUCAGGAAAAAUGAGAAUGAGUGUAAUAUGAGAAUCAGAGCAUUAAGAGAGAGUGACUCCAAAGAAUACCGCUUUAGGUUCAUAACUAACAUUCCCAAAGGAACAUUUACUGGAUUCCCUGGAGUUUUCCUCAAUCUCACAGAUCUGCAGGUGACAGGGACUCCUGACACACUGACAGAGGGACAGAGAGUAACACUGACCUGUUACACCACCUGUACUCUGAGUAACAACCCUACAUACAUCUGGUACAAGAACAGACAGCCUGUAACUAACAGAAAUACCAAUGUCCUGUAUCUGGACUCAGUCAGCAGUGAGGAUGCAGGCAGAUACUCCUGUGCCAUAAGAGACCAUGAGAAUUUACCUUCACCUGUAAAGACUCUCAGUGUCAGAUAUGCUCCAAAGAACAUGAGAGUGUCAGUCAGUCCCUCUGGUGAAAUAAUGGAGGGCAGUUCAGUGACCCUGGCCUGCAGCAGUGAUGCCAACCCACCAGUUCACAAAUACACCUGGUAUAAGAAGAAUGGAAAAGAGGAUGUGUCUCUGUAUUCGAUUUUUACUGGAGAUCAGCUUGUCUUUACUGCAGUCAAAUGUGAGGACACAGGAGAAUAUUACUGUAAAGCACAGAAUGACAUUGGGACAGGACAGUCUCAGAUUCAGCAGCUAAAUGUGAAAUAUUCCCCAAGGAAUGUGAGGUUGUCAGUCAGUCCCUCUGGUGAAAUAGUGGAGGGCAGUUCAGUGACUCUGACCUGCAGCAGUGAUGCCAACCCACCAGUUCACACAUACACCUGGUAUAAGAAGAGUGGAGACCAGUUUGUCUUUUUGAGGCGUACUGGAGUUGAGUGUGUCUUUACUGCAGUCCAAUCUGAGGACAUAGGACAGUACUACUGCACAGCUAAGAAUGGGAUUGGAAUAGGACAGUCUCAGACUGAACAACUAAAUGUGAAAUAUUCUCCAAGGAAUGUAAAAGUGUCAGUCAGCCCCCCUGGUGAAAUAGUGGAGGGCAGUUCAGUGACUCUGACCUGCAGCAGUGAUGCCAACCCACCAGUCCACACAUACUCCUGGUAUAAGAACAAUGGAGCUGGAACCCCAUUGAUAGGAUCAGGACAGAAUUACAGCAUCACUAACAUCAGCUCUGAGGACAGUGGACAGUACUACUGUGAAGCUGAGAAUGAAGUUGGAGUUCAGGUCUCUGUCACCUUUCCACUUAAUAUUCUAUACUCCCCAAAGAACAUGAGAGUGUCAGUCAGUCAGUCCCCCGGUGAAAUAGUGGAGGACAGUUCAGUGACUCUGACCUGCAGUAGUGAUGCCAACCCACCAGUUCACAAUUACACCGGGUAUAAGAUCAGAGAUGACAAAACCACUCAGGCUGACUCUGAUCCAGUGUAUGAUGAUGUCUCAGCUGUGGCCAUGACCUCCGACCCCACACAGAGAGUGAACACUGAUGAUCAAGAUGAUGUUCACUAUGCCAGUGUUCAGUUCAGUUGCUCUAAGAGAGAGGAAGUGUCUCUGUACUCCACAACUCAACAUCAGCAGCCUGACAAACAGGAAGAGGAUGUACAGUAUGCUACUGUGAACUUCAGCAGAGCCAGUGCUGCCACCCACAGACAUAAUCCUACUUUGUACCAGAACAUGUUCAACACUGGGACAGACGUGUACAUUCCCUGCACUUACACAGUGAAUGGUUACCCAGUCCAAAGUAAAGAGUGGUACAGGACUCAAAUCUCUGGAGGGUGGGAUAGAGAUCUGAGAACAGACCCCGAGUACAAGACACGUGUGGAGUAUGAUGACUGGAACUGUGGGCUGAGAAUCAGAUCACUGAGACUGAGUGACUCUGGAUACUGGGUAGAGCCCACAGACCUGAGUCUGGAUGAAGACUAUGAGGGUCGUGUGGAGUUCAGAGGAGACAAAAAGAGUGACUGCACUCUGAGAAUAAGAGAUCUGAGCGAGAGUGAUGCACAAAAUUAUAAAUUCAGAUUUUUGACCAACCAGGAGGGAGGAAAAUAUUCAGGUGCAAGUGGAGUCAGUCCCUUGGGUGAAAUAGUGGAGGGCAGUUCAGUGACUCUGACCUGCAGUAGUGAUACCUACCCACCAGUUCACACAUACACCUGGUAUAAGAAGAAUGUUCUUUAUCAGGACUACCUGCAGGUGACAGUGAGUCCUGACACAGUGAGAGAGGGACAGAGAGUAACAUUGACCUGUUACACCACCUGUACGCUGAGUAACAACCCUUCAUACAUCUGGUACAAGAACAGACAGCAUGUAACUAAUAAACACACCAACAUCCUUUUUCUGGACUCAGUCAGCAGUGCGGAUGCAGGCAGAUACUCCUGUGCCAUAAGAAACCAUGAGAAUCUCCCUUCACCUGUAAAGACUCUCAGUGUCAGAUAUGCUCCAAAGAACAUGAGAGUGUCAGUCAGUCCCUCUGGUGAAAUAGUGGAGGGCAGUUCAGUGACCCUGACCUGCAGCAGUGAUGCCAACCCACCAGUUCACACAUACACCUGGUAUAAGAUCAGAGAUGACCAAACCUCUCAAGCUGGCAGUGAGAAAAACCUAAACUUGACUUUGACACAUGAGACCAGUGGACAUUACUACUGUGAGGCACAGAAUCAGAUUGGAGUUCAGAAGUCGACUGUGAUUUUAGUUGAACUGCCAGGGAAACUCAGAACUGUUCUGUUUGCUGUCAUUGGAGUUUCAGUUGCUGUGGUUGUCACUGUGGUUAUCACUGGUCUUCUAUGGGGGAGGAAGAGGAAGUCCAGCUCCAGAGAGAACACAGGAAGUCCAGAGAGUCACAGACAGAGUGUGAAGAACUCAUCCAGUGAAAUGUACACAGCUCUUCAGAGAACUGCUCAGGACUCAGAGUAUGAGACCUUACAGAGGAGAGAGUCGCCAUAG